AAGCAGUGAGAUGAAGCAUCGUUAAAAUUGGAAGAAAGAAACCAAGGGCCCUAUAGCAUUAGGUAAAACAAAACAACCUGAAUUGCGUGAAGCCUCCUAAGUCCUUAAAAAAGUAAAAAGUAAGUAAUGAAUAUUUAAGAUUUUCCAGUACUUGUUUCGGAACUCUGCAUUUUGUGCUUUGUGUUUGCUUUCUCUCUCUCUCUCAUGCCCUUGUCAGUGUCUGUGAGGUUUCCCUAUUCUUGGGUUUGUAUAUAAGCUUAACCUACCUGCUGAAAAGAAAGUAUCUUGUGCAUCCUUUGUGGAAAAGAAAUGGAGCUCAUUAUCAUCAUCACUCUUCUUAUCUUCUCCUUCUCUUCUCUAAUACCAACUUGUUCAUCUUCUCAAAUUCAGUUGGAACAUCCACUCCUCCUUCAAGAUGAUAAUAUUGGAGCAGUCAAUACAAACAUGAAGCUAUCUCUUCCAACGGUUCCUAGAAGGCUAAGAUUCAAUGAGAAGGUUAAAGAAGAUGAUGAAGCCAAAGACCAUGCAUCACACAAGCAGGAAAAUUCCUUUGCUGAAGGGAAGCAAUAUGAUAGAAAGCAAAACAUGGUGCAUGGGAAAAAGGGGACAAGACAAGAAUGGAUGGAGGUGGAUGACCCUUCACAAUACUUUACUAUGGAUUAUACCCAAGUGAGAAGACGACGUCCCAUACACAACAAGAAAUUGCCGGUUGGUCCAUGAAAAUGGCGAAGAGAAGAAGUUGGUCUUGAAGCUAGCUAGUACUUACAUCCAACUUAUUAGGGUGCCUUUUAGGUUACAAUUUUGCCAAAUGUGUGUAAUUAUUAGGAAUAUGUUGAGUGUCUUAUGCCCUCACUUUUGCCUCUAAAGGCCAGCAUUAGGGAGCAAAACCCUAAAACUUGUAACAAAAAUAGGGCUUUGCCUAACUAACAAGUUCUCUUAAUUAAUUAUUAAAUAGUAUCAAUGUUUUUGUUUUUCCGUCUCCU